AUGAUGAUGUUAACCCCCCUUGAUGGACAGAUUGCUGCUCCAAACCAUGUUUUCGCCCUAAAUGGUGUGUUUUUGGAAGUGUUGGGAGUGUUUGUGAUAAAGGAAGCAUUACCAUUACCUGAUCAAGUCGACGAGGCUAUAAACUACAUAAAGAGCCUAGAGACAAAUAUAAUGUUGGCAAAGGAGAAAAAAGAAAGUUUAAUGGGAAACAAGAAGAGAUCACGUGGUGGUUAUGGAGCAAAAGGAAGCAUAAUAAAGUUGCCAAAAAUAGAAAUUCAUGAAAUGGGACCCACUCUACAAGUGAUUGUAACAUGUGGGGUUGAUAAACAUUUUAUUUUCUGUGAAAUUAUGAGAAUACUGCAUGAAGAGAACGUUGAGGUUAUUUCUUCAAAUUCUUCUUUGACUGGUGAUUCACUUCUUCAUACCGUGCAUGCCCAGAUUCCGCAAACUUUGUUACAAUUUGGAGCAACCAAAAUAAGUGAGAGGUUGAAAGAGUUUGUGAACGGAUCCAUGAGCGAUGUGGAAACAGAAUCUCAAGUGUGGGAUCUUGAAAUUGGAAGUGAGAGUUGGGAGCUUCUACACUAUGUGGUAACCAAGAGUUUGCCAAAUCCUUAA